AGAGAGAGAGGACGGUGUUGACAGUUCCUCCGCUGUAGAUUCACCAGGAGUCAUUUCAUGCCUGUUUUGUACGAGAUUUUAGCUCAUUUACCAUAGUUUGUUUUCAGAUCCAUUUUUAAGAAAGUUCUCUUCCUGGACUCUCGCAGCAUGACAAGUCUAUGUUGAAGACAGCAUGCGGUGACUGUGAGGCGGGCCCCAUCCUGAGUCUGUACGAUGAAGAGCCCGGUGCACAGGUGCAGGGACGUGGAGAGGCAGGCUGCCUGCCUGCAGACUGAGCAGCCGUGUGUCCCCGUCUCCCAGCACAUCCCCAGCGGCAUGUGGUUUAUCAGGGACGCGUGUGGCAUCGUGUGCGGGGUUAUCACCUGGAUGUUGGUGUUCUAUGCUGAGUUUGUUGUGCUCUUCGUCAUGCUGUUGCCUUCUAAAAACCUGACCUAUAGCUUAGUCAACGGGACUGUGUUCAACACUCUGGCCUUCCUGGCUCUCGCCUCUCACUUCAGGGCCAUGUGCACCGACCCUGGAGCUGUGCCAACAGGAAACGCCACUAAAGAGUACAUCGAGAGUCUUCAGCUGAAGCCGGGACAGGUGGUGUACAAGUGUCCCAAGUGCUGCAGCAUCAAGCCUGACCGGGCACAUCACUGUAGGUAGGAUGACUCAGCACAUCACUGUAGGUAGG